AUGGCGACCUCUCUUGCGACGAAGCGGCCGUUCCUCACGUUGCCUUUUCUUCUUCCCUCGUUGUCGGAUUCUCUGGCGCUUGGAUUCCGACGCAAUCAAUCUUCAUACCGACGCACCAAGCAGCGCCUACGUGUGAAGCCAGACUCUGCCUUUGACCCGUCUAACUUGGCUCACGAUCACAUUAUCCACAAUCCGCCAUCCAGCGCUCCCAAUGUCUACCACACUCCAUCCAAAUUCUUGCCCACCGAUGAUGUUCGGCGAGCAUCAAGCAUUUCCUCUGCUGCGACAAUUAACGCCGAUGAUCUUCCCGGUGUCUACAAGUCUAUGCCCGAAAGAAAAUAUCAUCUUACUCCUUCAGACAUUGAAGAAAUCCGCAAUCUCCGCAAGAACGACCCGAUGACCUGGAGCCGAAACAAGCUCGCUAAACGUUUUGACUGCUCGCCCGUGUUUAUUGCUAUGGUUUGCCAGGCCAGUCCAGAGAAGAGAGAGAUCCAAGCUCGGAUCUUGGAGGCCGUGCAAUCGCGCUGGGGUCCCAAGCGCCGUAUGGCCAGAGAGGACCGUCAACUGCGGCGGGAGGCCUGGGGACGUGACGCCUAG